AUGGAAUUUGACGAGCCGCGGUUGACGCUGCUGUUUGACGCUGACGUGCUGGACUCUUUCGGGGAGCCUGGGCUGUGGAAGCCCCAGGACACCGUGGAGAUCAUCAGCAGCUACAGACUGGUACCGAAGAAAUCAAAGGUGGUGCUGCUGUCUUGUGGGUCUUUCAACCCAGUGACAAAUAUGCACCUGCGCAUGUUUGAACUGGCAAGAGAUCACCUGGAGGACACGGGACGGUAUGAAGUGGUGAAGGGGAUCCUGUCACCAGUGGGCGAUGGCUACAAGAAGAUAGGCCUGAUCGAGGCCAGCCAUCGGGUGGAAAUGGCCAAGCUGGCGGUAGAGAGCUCCAGCUGGAUUGAGGUGGACAGCUGGGAGAGCAGGCAGGCCGACUGGCAAGAGACAGUCAAAGUGCUACGGCAUCAACAACAGGAACUGCUCUCCCAGGAACCGGACACUGAUGUGGUAGGCACUGCAAAACCUGGCAGGAAAAGAAAACGCAUGGAUGCCAGCAGUGCCACCAAGAGGAGGAAGCUCGAAGAGCCUGAUAUUGCACCUAAAAAAACAGUUUCCGCUGCCUCCUCAGGUGAGCCGCGCGUGAUGCUACUCUGCGGUGCUGAUGUGCUGGAAUCAUUCGGUGUGCCGGGGCUGUGGAAGCCUCAGCACAUCGAGGAGAUUGCCAGCACAUUUGGACUGGUGUGCAUCACCCGCGGCGGAUCGGAUGCGGAAGCCUUCAUACAGGGCUCCGACCUCCUCUUGCCACACCGCAGCAACAUCCACGUGGUGCAGGAGUGGGUGGCCAACGAUGUGUCGGCCACUCGCAUCCGCCACGGGCUGCGGUGUGGCCACAGUGUCCGCUACCUUCUGCCCGACCCGGUGCUCGGCUACAUUCAGGAGCGGCAGCUGUACAAUGCGGAGAGUGAGCAGAGGAACGAAGGGGUUGUGCUGGCUCCUCUCCAGAAAUGUGCAAGAACGCAGGAGUAAGCACAACCCCCCUCUGCCACUCUGCCCUCCUGUAGCCUCGUCAACUUGCCAUUUCCAUCUUCCCAUUGGUUUGGAAUCCCCUUAAUGCAUCACCAAGAGGAGGAAGCUUGAGGAGGCAGAGAUUGCACCCAAGGGGCCACCUCAAAAAACAGGUAUCAAUCAAAACUUCCCCUUGCACAGUCCCCUUGUUUCCUUCUAUCCAUCUUCAGCCCACUUAUCCUGGCCUGGGACUGGUAUCCCAUCCUGGAUAUGCUCCUCUUUGCACCCUCUGCUGCCUGAAAUAGGACCCCCCCCCCCACCGAUACCAUGACUUUACGGUGGGGAUUAGUGGUUUGUAAAGAUGGAAUUUGGUGGACACCGGUGGUCAGAGAUGCUGUCAAGCUGAAGAAGGAGUCCUAUUGGGCCUUUCUGGCCUGUGGGACUCCGGAGGCAGCUGAUGAUUACCAGCGGGCCGAGCGGGACGCGGCUU